UGAUCAUCAGCAAAUACACCCCCAAAAGAAAAACAACAAAACAAGACAAAGCAAAACGUGGGACUUUUGCAGAAACUACUCUGCCAUGUUUCUUUGGUCCUUUUUGUAUUACUUUUUUUCUCAUCGAACACUGCCUCUGCUUCUAUUGAAGAGGUUAAUGCUCUCCUCAAAUGGAAAGAAACCCUUCAAAGUGCCAAUAGUUAUGUGCUAACCACAUGGAUACUUAAUCCAACAAAAGGAUCCAGUUCAAGUGCCGGUAGCCCAUGCAACUGGUAUGGGGUUUCUUGCAAUGCUAAAGGCAGCGUCACCCAGUUGAACCUCACGAAUUCAGGCGUGAACGGUACUCUAGAAACCUUUUCAUUCUCAUCGUUUCGUAAUCUUGCUUACAUUGAUCUAUAUAUGAAUGAACUCUCUGGUCCUAUCCCGCCUCAAAUCAGUUCACUCCCGCUUGUCUACCUUGACUUGUCAGAGAAUAAGUUUUCUGGAAAUAUUCCACCAGAAAUUGUUCUCUUAACAAAUCUUGAAACACUCAAUUUGCAAGUAAAUCAAUUGAAUGGCUCAAUUCCUCGAGAGAUUGGCCAGUUGAAGUCUCUUUCUCAACUUGUGUUGUACACCAAUCAUCUUAGUGGUCCUAUUCCUUCUUCUUUGGGCAAAUUGAGCAACUUGGUUUUUAUAUACCUAUAUGAAAAUCAACUUUCUGGCUCCAUUCCCGAAGAAAUAGGAAAUCUUGCCAAUCUUGAGUUGGUUUGCAUGGAUAAUAAUAAACUAACUGGUCCCAUUCCAUCAACUUUUGAAAACUUGAAUCGCUUGACCAUGUUGCACCUGUUCAACAACAAUCUUUCUGGUUCCAUUCCUAGUGAAAUAGGAAAAUUGAAAGGACUAGUUAGCCUAAGUUUCCACACCAACAAUCUCAGUGGCUCAAUCCCACCAUCCUUCGGUAAUUUGACUUCCCUCACUCUCCUCCAUCUGUACACGAAUCAACUUUCUGGUUCCAUUCCUAACGAUUUAGGAAACUUGAAGUCUAUCGUCGACUUUCAAGUGAGCGAAAACCAUCUCAGCGGUUUCAUUCCCGCUUCGUUUGGAAACCUGUCUGAACUCACACAGUUGCUUUUGAGUGCCAAUUACCUUUCCGGUCCUAUUCCACAAGAAUUUCGCAAUUUGAAAAACUUGAUCACAUUGGAAUUGGGCGAAAAUCAAUUUUCUGGACAUCUCCCAGAUAUUUGGCAAGGAGGCAAGCUUCAAAGUUUCACAAUAUACACCAACCAGUUUACAGGUCAUAUCCCUAAAAGCUUGAGAAACUGCUCAAGCCUAGUCAGAGUUCGCCUUGACGGUAACCAACUCACUGGAAGCAUAUUAGAAGAUUUUCGAGUCUACCCGCAUCUCAACUACUUGGAUCUAAGUGGCAACAAUUUUUAUGGCGAAAUCUCUGCAAAUUGGAGUAAGUGCCCGAAAUUGCAAUCCUUGCGGAUGGAAGGAAACAACAUCACAGGCAGCAUACCACCAGAGUUGGGAGAUUCAGCUCAACUGCACAGGCUUGAUCUUUCUUCGAAUUAUUUGACUGGAGAGAUUCCAAAUGAAUUAGGGAAGUUGAGUUCUCUAUGGGAACUGUAUCUGAAUGACAACCAGCUUUCUGGUGGUAUACCAAGAGAAAUUGGAUCACUAACUGAAUUGGAAAGGCUCGACCUCUCCAAAAACAGGUUAAGUGGUCCUAUAGCAGCUGGAAAUCUAGAGAAUUGCAUCAAACUGAUUACCUUGAACUUGAGCAACAACCAUUUUAGCGAAAAAUUUCCAGGUCAAUUGGGAAAGAUAUCUCCCUUGUAUACAGUGGAUCUCAGUCGAAAUUCAUUGACUGGGGAGAUACCAUCCGAGAUUGUAGGUCUCAAGAGUUUGGAGUCGUUAAACCUUUCCAACAACAAUCUGUCUGGCUUAAUUCCAAAAGUCUUCGAAGACAUGAAUUGGUUGGAGCACAUUGAUAUAUCCUUCAAUGAGUUGGAGGGUCCCAUUCCCAUCAGCAAAGCCUUCACCAAUGCUGGCAUAGAGGGCCUCCAAGGGAAUAAAGGAUUGUGCGGAAAUGUCACAGGAUUGCAGCCAUGCAAAAAUCAUUUUCACACGUCACAAAAAAAGGACCACCGGAAGCUUAUUCUUGUCAUCGUGCUCCGUCUUGGUGGAGCACUUUUACUUCUAGGUGCAUUUGUUGGAUUUCUAAUCGUUUCCCAUAGAAGAAAGAGAAAGUCACAUGGAGUCGAAGAUCCCUCCAAAAAUAAAGAUGUCUUCUCCAUAUCAAUCUACGAUGGAAGAGCACUGUACAAUGAUAUCCUUAAAGCCACAAAGGGUUUUGAUGCCGCGUAUUGCAUUGGAGAAGGAGGAUAUGGAGCCGUCUACAAAGCAAAACUUCCAUUAGGCAAUACAGUUGCUGUGAAGAAACUUCAUUCCUUGUCUGAGAAGGACGAUCGUCACGGUUUCUUGAACGAAGUAAGGGCACUAACUGAAAUAAGGCAUCGCAACAUAGUGAAGUUUCUUGGGUUUUGUUCACAUUCCCAGAAUUCUUUUCUCGUUUAUGAGUACCUCGAAAGGGGAAGCUUGGCUUCAAUUCUUAGCAGAGACGAAGAAGCUAAAAAAUUGGAUUGGCCAAAGAGGGUGAAUAUUGUCAAGGGUGUGGCACAUGCUUUGUCAUACAUGCACCAUGAUUGCACACCACCAAUUGUUCACCGUGACAUAUCGAGUAACAACGUUCUGAUUGAUGAGGACAAUGAGGCUCGUAUUUCGGACUUUGGCACGGCUAAACUUCUAAAGUUGGAUUCCUCCAAUUGGAGUGCAAUUGCAGGCACAUACGGAUAUAUUGCACCAGAGCUUGCUUACACAAUGAAGGUAACUGAAAAGUGUGAUAUGUACAGCUUUGGAGUGCUGGCAAUAGAAGUGAUCAAGGGAAAGCAUCCAGGAGAUUUCGCUUCCUCUCUACCAAUACCGGCUGUUGAAAAUUUACAACUGAGAGAUGUAUUGGACCAACGCCUUUCACCUCCGUCUCCUGAAUUUGAGAAGGUAGUGAUGUUGAUUAUAAAGUUGGCAAUUGCAUGCUUGCAUUCCAAUCCACAGUCUAGACCCACCAUGCACAUCGUUUCUCAACAGUUGUCUACCAAAAUAAUCCCUUAGAGACUUUUAAAAAACUCUCAAAGGUGAAAAAAAGCCCCUCUUCAUGUGAUCGAGUUUAUGAAAUACAGAUACCGAAUAAACCAUUUGCUCUAUUUAGCAUAGUGCAUUGAAUGUAAGAUCCUUUUGCGAUGUUUUGUAUUAUCAAACUAUAAUGUUGGCUUGUACUUUUAGUAUUGUGGGUAUUGAAAUAGCAAUGUUGUGAAUUUAACAAAAA